UGUCGCCUGCAGUGUGCAGAGUGGUGGUAACAGCUGAUUCGUUCUUCCUAACCUCGAUCGCGCAGUUAAGCAUGCACCAGUCGAUUGUUUUCUUUUAAAUCGGUGACAUUCCGCGAUUUUCACGUGUCAGUGAGGGUUGGCUAUUGCGAGUACUAGCGAGUGCGAUUGUCUUUGAUCGAACUUAGGCCAGAUUAAAUCGGCAACAAUGGUGAAAAUCAACCAACGAUGGAAGACUUCUGAGGAUGUCAAUUUCUUGCGUGGCACCAGCGGUUGGACGAAGAUUAAAUAUUUCUGGCGCAGGGGAUGGACAGAGAUUCCGGUGAUAAUGGGAUGUACAUUUCUCUUUCUAGCAGGAUCCGGUAUGGGCGGAUUUUCACUGUAUUAUGGCUUCACGCAUGAUUUAACUCCGAAAUAUCACAAAACGCCGAGAAUUUACAGACCGGACGAUCCGAAAGUUCAAAAGAUCCGUUACACAUCGAGCUUUGAUUAAAAAAUUAUUAUUUAAUAAAUUUUAGUAGCACAAUACGAGUGGUAGACAGUUAUUAUAUAUCCUUCC